GGUCCGUGCUUAUAAUUCUCGAUGGAGAGUGAAAGCACAGAUUCAGGAUGAAAACCAGCCCCCAUCGGCCACUGAUUCUCAAAAGACGGAGGCUGCCCCUUCCCGUUCAGAAUGCUGCAGCUGAAACGCCCGAGGAGGAGUCUAACAGACCCCCUGCCCAAAAGGAGCCCAGGGAAGCCCCGGCCCCCGAGGAGGUGGCAGAGUCCAGCUCCUGCAAGUUUCCGGCCGGGAUCAAGAUUAUUAAUCACCCCACCAUGCCCAACACGCAAGUGGUGGCCAUCCCUAGCAAUGCUGAUAUCCAGAGCAUCAUCACGGUACUGACCGCCAGAGGAAAAGAGAGUGGCAGCAGUGGGCCCAAUAAAUUCAUCCUCAUCAGCUGCGGGGGAGCCCCCGCUCGCUUGCCAGGGCCCCAGCCGCAAGCCCAGAGCAGCGGUGAUUCCAAGAGCACAGAAGCGCUCACUGACAAGUCGGGACCGAAGCCUGCGGCCGGAGAUGGGCACGUGUCUAGGCCAUCUGGAGCCCCUCCAGGGCACCGUCGGGAGAACCGUGCUGGCGGCGAGGCAGCAGGCUACGCCCUGGACAGCAGCCUGACCAACAUCCAGUGGCUUGGGAAGAUGAGUUCCGACAGACUGGACUCCUGCAGCAUCAAGCAGGAAGUGGAGGAGAAGGAGAACUGUCACGUGCAGCAGAGUCAGGUCAAGGUGGAGGAGCCCUUGGGCGCAUCCACACCCUGGCAGGACUCUGUGUCUGAGAGGCCGCCUUACUCUUACAUGGCCAUGAUACAGUUCGCCAUCAACAGCACCGAGAGGAAGCGCAUGACCUUGAAGGACAUCUACACUUGGAUCGAGGACCACUUCCCCUAUUUUAAGCACAUUGCCAAGCCAGGCUGGAAGAAUUCCAUUCGCCACAACCUUUCUCUCCAUGACAUGUUUGUUCGAGAGACAUCCGCCAAUGGCAAGGUCUCCUUCUGGACCAUUCACCCCAGUGCAAACAGAUUCCUGACUCUGGACCAGGUGUUUAAGCCACUGGACCCAGGCUCUCCACAAUCGCCCGAGCACUUGGAAUCACAGCAGAAGCGGCCCAAUGCCGAGCUCCGCCGGAAUGUGACCAUCAAAACUGAACUCCCACUGGGUGCACGGCGGAAGAUGAAGCCACUGCUGCCACGGGUCAACUCGUACCUGGUGCCCAUCCAGUUCCCCGUGAACCAGUCCCUGGUGCUGCAGCCCACGGUGAAGGUGCCGCUGCCCCUGGCGGCUUCACUCAUGAGCUCAGAGCUAGCCCGCCACAGCAAGCGAGUCCGCAUUGCCCCUAAGGUACUGCUGGCUGACGAGGGUGUAGCCCCUCUUCCUGCCGCUGGACCAGUGAAGGAGGAGAAACCUCUGCUGGGAGACGGGCUGUUGCCAUUGCUUCCGGUUCAGUCUAUCAAGGAGGAAGAAACGCAGCCUGGGGAGGACACGCUGCCCCUAGGGAGACCCAUCAAGGUGGAGAGCCCUCCCUUGGAGGAGUGGCCCUCUCCAUGUCUGUCCUUCAAGGAAGAGGCGUCUCACUCCUGGGAGGAUUCAUCCUGCUCUCCCACCCCCAGGCCCAAGAGGUCCUACAGUGAGCUCAAGUCCCCAGCGCAGCGGGUCUCAGAAAUGCUGGUGAUUAAACGAAGGGAGAGAAGGGAGAUGAGCCGGUCUCGAAGGAAGCAGCACCUGUUACCUCCCCGUGUGGAUGAACCUGAGCUUGUCUUCUCGGAGGGCCCCAGCAUGUCUGGACAAGCUGCCGAGCCCCGUGUCCUGGAAGAGCCCACGGAGCCUGCCCUGCAGCUUGGCUGCCCCCAGGAGGAGGGAGGACCUUUCAAGACCCCCAUUAAGGAGAUGCUGCCCAUCGCCUCUACCCCGAGUAAAUCUCUCCUCCCCCAAACCCUUGAAGCCUGGAGGCUCACACCUCCCGGCAAAGUGAGGGGGCUGGACUUCAGCCCGGUACAGGCGCCCCAGGGCACCUUCGGGGCCCUGCCUGACUCCCUGGGGCUGAUGGAUCUGAGCACCACGCCACUGAAAAGCAUUCCCCUCUUUGACUCACCCCGAGAGCUCCUCAAUUCAGAGCCCUUUGACCUUGCCUCUGACCCCUUUAGCAGCUCUUGCCCCUCAGAUCCGGAAGUCCCCAAGCCGGGCUCCCCAGAGCCACAGGUUCCCAGCGUUUCAGGCAACCGCUCUCUGACAGAAGGCCUCGUUCUGGACACAAUGAACGACAGCCUGAGCAAGAUCCUCUUGGACAUCAGCUUCCCUGGCCUGGAGGAAGACCCCCUGGGCCCUGACAACAUCAACUGGUCCCAGUUCAUUCCUGAACUACAGUAGAAGCCACUUGACCCUUACAGUAGAAGCUCAAGCUACCCACUGUUCAGGCACUCGAGUGGCUGGGCAGUCCCGGGCUCGGUGAUGCCACACCCUCCGAGGACUGCAGGCAGGGACUCCACCAGCCUGGUGAUGCAAAGGCGGCAGUCACACCCCGCCGCUGCUGGGAUCUUUGCAAAAGUAGGGUGUGCAGCGGGUCUCUGGGGAGAAAGGUUCGUCUGCUCUCCCUGCCAGGAGCUGAAGGGCAGCAGUGCGGAGGCAGUAGUGGGAAGGGAUGGAGAAGUCCCCGCAUCAUUUCCGUUCUGUGUCCUGUAGUCUGCUGUCCCUGCUUGCGGGGUGGCCGUUGUAGAUGGUAUAAAUUCUCCAAAUUACCCUCCAAUUGUAAAUGAAUCUUGGAGGUGGGUAAGAUGACGGGGAGUUGUGGUUUGCUUCUGUCCCUCGCUUUGCAUUUAGAGGGGAUGGUCCUGAAGUGCACGGUUUCUUCAGGCCCGAGGGUUCUUUACUGUGGGCAGCCAGACAUUUCUCCCAGACGUGUCUGCUGGGCAGGGGCCCUCAGACUCCCCCUCCUUCCCACCUCCCAGCAUUUCCAAGUCAGCUUUCCUGCAAGAAGAAAUUUGGUUUAAAAGGUCUUGUGUUGUGUCAAGAACUGAAUUUGGAGAUAGAAUGGAUGCAUCUGACACAGUGGUCCCCAGAUGUGCCCCAUUACGACGUUUCUCUGAUAAUGUCCUUAAUCAUGCCAGGGAGACUGGAAUGGACGAGGACUCAGGUGGAGGCUUGAGAAGGCGGGAAGGACCCCUCACCUGCCUGGUGUCCUUAGUUUGUAACUCAGCUUUGCAAAGAACAACCCUAGGCUCUAGCUGGCUGCCUGUGUGAGCCAGCUCAAGAACACUACCACAUCUACCUACUGAAUAAAAACCGGGGUGGAACA